UCACCUCGCAACUUCGUGAUCCGUCUCCGUCGACACAGGGAAUCAAUCAGCAGCAAUGGCGAAGUCAAAGAACAGCUCCCAGCACAACCAGUCGCGCAAGGCGCACCGGAACGGAAUCAAGAAGCCCAAGACUUCCCGUUACCCUUCUCUUAAGGGUACCGACCCCAAGUUCCGACGAAACCAUCGACAUGCUCUUCACGGCAACAUGAAGGCCCUGAAGGAGGCUAAGGAGGGCAAGCGCGAGGUCGUCUAAGCACCCGGCAAAGGAAUAUUGAGGCGUCAAUUUGGAGCAUUCGCAUUGCUCGGUUACGGCAUACACACGAUAGAACCUGCGCAAAUGAACGAUGGAAAAUACCAUACGAUUAGCCCGACCAAAAAAGGUGGUGGAUGCCGAUACGUACGUCUCGGCGAAUGAUGCUGUGACAGUCCCGAGUAAAGCAUGUUGCUUGGUUUCCAGGAACAUGAGGUAGAAUACUGAACACUACUGCCUGAACUCCAA